UCCCACCUCAUGCUGUAUCGCUCACGAUUCAUCGUCAAGGAUCUUUCAAUGUCACGAGUGUUCUCAGUUCCUGACGCCAAUGAUGAGCUUGUACACAUUGAGAUCUCGGAGCCAGCUCUUCGUGCUCAUAAUCUGGGUCUAAUCACGUGGACAUCAGGCUUCAUCCUCGCCAGUCUGUUGCAUAAAUUCUCAGCCCCGAUCGAUACUUCGAGUAGGGUGCCUAUCCUGGAACUUGGAGCAGGUACGGGCUUGGUGGGUUUGACAGCCGCCCGUCUAUGGCAGAGGCCGGUCUUUCUGACUGAUCUAACGCCUAUUCUGCCGGCGUUGACCACCAACAUCAGCCUCAACAAAGCCAACAUCCAUAGCACGGUGGAAUGCGGUACUCUAGACUGGAGUGAACCCGAUUUCAUUAUUCUCCCGUCUGGCGAGCGACUUUCAGCUGAUACUGACAAGUCGCAAAUCAUUCUCGCCGCCGACACCAUGUAUUCCGAAGAGCACCCCGAGUUGUUGUCCAAAGCGAUCUUUCGCUGGCUUGCCCCCGAUCCGUCUGCACGGCUGAUAAUCACCUGGGCAAUGCGUGUGGCAUAUCUUGAUCAGAUCAGAGAGAUCUGGGACCUUUUAGAAUCUGGAGGUCUAGAGUGCGUUGCUGAUGGAAGAGAGCAGGCCGAUGAAGAUGGCGGCUGGGAUGAUGAGAAGCUCUGUGAGUGGAGUGUUUGGUCAUGGAAAGUCGGCCAGAAAUUCCCUCAAGCCAUCUCAAGUACAUUCUGGGACUCUUUGGACUUGUCUCCGAUCAGGUCUCGGUGAUUGACUGCAUCCCUCUGCACAGAGACGUCUUUCCGGCACUUUUUUGCACUUGCGUGUUCUCCCGUCGCGAUCUCAAACCCUUCCAAGGGCCCCUUUGAUGAAGAGAUGGCGGCCUGAAAUGGGCGCAAACAAACGACCUCUGAUGUGACCGUAUAUCACAUCGUCCACUCAAGUUUAGUGGACAAGACCAUGGAGAUGAUAAUUGUUUGACAAUUUCGUCGCAUGAUUUUCCAUCUUCUGGAGCCACUGAGCAUUUGGCCAUGAUUUGUCUUAUUUGUGACGAUUCUAUCUGUUUUCACUGAUCUCCUUUCCUACCACAUGCAGAAUGCCUUCUGGCUCGGCUGUGCAAUCGCGGGAAUAUGGAGUAUGCAAGCAGACCAUCUCGAUUGGGUGGAUGUGGACUCAAACACAACAUGCUACAAAGUUGGUCGAUUCGAAGUGCAUGCAACCUCUCGCCCUCGACAGACAUGCAGGAGCCCAAGCGGGCAUAACGAAAAACAAGAGAUCUUCCGGACUGGGAAGCAACUGGCCCGUCAUGGGUGAUAUUGGUUCUUUGAGCCCUCUUACGUUGUUUGAUACUUUCACAUCAGUCGAAGCGUUUCCGCCCGCGAGCCUCCCCACUGGCCUACAAGGAGAGCCGACGGGACAACGGCUGUCUGUUGAUGAUCAGAGGCCACGUCACCGACAAGGCAAGCCAGGAGAAGAGAAAUGACAGUGAGAUGCCAAAGAGGCGGUGUUAUGCAAGGAAUGGCGGGAAUGGCGGGAAUGAAACUGAUGGCAAAGUUGAUGAUGACCAGGAUAUGAGAAUAUCUAAAUGACACACGUGGUUUUACAUGGCAAAAAUAUCCGAUUCACACCUUCCAGGACAAGUCCAUUGACAAACGCCGUACAUGAAAUCCCACAUUCCCGUCCAGGCUCCUGCAAAGCCAUUAUCGUACAAAAGAGGGCCAACGGUCAAGGAAAAUCUUUGAAGUUUGCGUUUUCAGGGUCGCGAUCAAUCAUGAAAGCAAAUCGCUUGUUAUUGUCCUUGAGGUACUGGGGUAGAUCAACUGUAGCAUCGACCUUGUUGUACUUUUCACUCUCGCGGUCGAAUAGGUCGAGGCCAUUGCGGACGCGACGAACGAUCUCGGCAGGAUCUCGAAAUUCUGGGCGAUCGUAUUCGGUGUGGGAGAAGGAACCGAUCUUAUCGUCCAUCUGGGCCACGGUCUCGAAACAGCUGCUGCAAUGCCAAGACGAGUUUGAGAUGUCCCAAUCGCCACGGCCCAUACGAAGAUCCUCUGGCUUGAUGGUGAAACUCCCCUGGUAAAAGGUUGCCUGGGGAUGGUUCCAAUCACCUCCAUCGUGCUCCCAUUGGAAGGAAUAGUAGAAGAAGCGACUUCGGAGCGUGGUGCGUUCAGGGAACAUGCAGUUCCGGAGGAGGGUUAUAGUGGAAGGACGGGGGAUCUCGUCAAUGUCGGAGACGAGCAGGACAUCGUUCAGAGCCGGAGCUUGGCUGCCCAAGAGACUGGGAAAAACGAGGUCGUACAUUGCGUUCCGUUGGUAGUGCUCGCGUUCCCAAGUGGAGUUGUCUUCCAUUCCCUGGAAGUCGAUCUGGCGGUAUAUGAUCUGGGGCGCGAACCGGG